AUAAAGGAUUUACAACCAACACUUUGAAAGAAUCUCGGGAAUAUGGAAAUACUUCAAUAGAGAAAGGACAGUCUGAUAUUGAUGUACUUAAUGUCAAUGAUGAAGCACAAGAAACACAGACUGAUAAACUGCUUGAUAUUAGAGAUCUUGCUACAGUCCUUCAAGAAUUAACAUUAAAUCAACAGUUUGAUUAUUUUACUAACUGGAAACAGUUGGGUCUGUACUUAGGAUUAUACCAACCUACACUGAGAGGUAUUGAAGUCAACUGCAGAGGAAAAGUAUGGGAGUGUCUAAUGGAAUGUAUAUCUUGCUGGCUAAAGGGAGAGGAUGGAGUAAGAGAGACAAGAGGAGGUGGAUCAAACUGGAUAUCAUUAGUAGCAGCACUAGAUGCAAUGGGAGAGAGGGAGGUUGCUAAUAACAUUAGAAUAAAGUAUUUGUGAAGUUUGAACUAUUAGUAAAACUA